CGUAAUAAAAGGAUUUGGCUUUCCUGUUGAGUCGAAUUGCGGCAGAUCAAUCAUGGCGCUUGUCUAGCGCUUAUAACUUACCCUUCAUCCUGUUCUUCAAGUUCAAUACAACCGCAGGAGACAAAAGUUCUUCUUUCUGUUCGUCAAAUGGAAAAUCAAGCAUCGUCUCAGAACUCACAACAAAAUCCACUCUUCAUCCGUAAUUUAACCACUCUUGGACACGUUGAUCAUGGAAAGACCACACUUAUGGAUUCUCUUCUCGCGUCCAAUAAUAUAAUAUCUGCACGAAUGGCGGGUAAAAUUCGUUACAUGGACUCUAGAGAGGACGAACAAGAACGAGGAAUCACGAUGGAAGCUUCUGCAGUUGGAUUAAAAUAUCGAGUCAAAGACGGUGACAUGUACGUCCUCAACAUGAUUGACACACCUGGCCAUGUUGAUUUUCAAUCUGAAGUCUCUACUGCCUCACGAUUAUGCGAUGGUGCGCUUAUACUUGUCGAUGUCGUCGAAGGUGUACAGACACAAACCACUUCGCUUCUACGGCAGGCGUAUCAGGACCAACUUACACCGAUAUUGGUGCUUAAUAAGAUCGAUAGGAUGAUCAUGGAAUUGAAAUUAACACCCGAGGAAGCGUACGAAAGACUGGCAAGAGUUGUGGAAGAUGUUAAUGUGGUUAUGGGUGGACUUUGGGGUGGAGAGAGAAUGAAGAAAGCAGAUAACGAUACGGAUACUGGCGUGGAUGCUUCCGGAGGUGUCACUACAAAAGACGACGAAGAAGACGACUCUGGGAUUUAUUUUGAUCCUGCUCAAGGCAACGUCAUAUUCGCCUCUGCCAUCGACAGCUGGGGUUUUCGACCUUCGCACUUUGCCCGAAUAUUUGCGAGGAAAUUGUUUGCUGAGCAGAUCAAGUCAGGUAAACUCUCUCCUGAAGCGUCGAAGGAAAAGGAAGAGAGCUUGAAGAAAGUUAUGUGGGGAGAGUGGUAUUUUGAUACAAAGAGUAAGCGGGUGGUCGGCGCGAAAGGGAAACGACCAGGCAUGAAGACCCUCUUUGUACAGAUUGUGUUGGAAAAUUUGUGGCAGGUAUAUGAUGCAGUUAUAGGGAAUCCAAAUCCAGACAAGGUGUUGAAAAUCAUUUCCACCCUGUCGCUUACACUUCCCGCACGGGAACUUCGCUCAUUAUCGAACUUGACUUCGGCCUCGAGCUCGACCACAGAUACAUCCGCUACCAACAACUACCCCAAACAUCUGUUAUCACUGAUAUUCGCUCAGUGGCUUCCGCUCUCUACUUCCAUCGUUCAGACUGUAAUCGAUAUUGUCCCACCACCGCAGAUGGCUCAGAGUCACAGGAUGGGUAGAAUGCUGGGUCUGGACAAUGAGUCUUCACCUAACUCUACAGAUGGCACCACGUCUUCAUCUCCUAUCCCUUAUGAACACCUCUACAAGGCUUCGCCCUCACCCGCUGUUCCCGUAUGCGCAUACGUUUCCAAGAUGUUCGCAGUCCGUAGAGGUGAUUUACCAGAAGAGAGGGAGAAUGCUAGGAGCGCUCAGGCGAAAGCGGCGCGCGACAGAAAGCGGGUCGCAGCUGAAAAAUUGAAUGAGGAGGUGAAAGUGACUGACGCUGGAGACGGCAACGACGGGAACGACGAUGAGUUACAAGAAAAAGACCAGGAAGACCAUCAAAAGGAUCUGGAUGAGGAUAUCCUUCUCGGCUUUGCGAGAAUAUACUCAGGCACCUUGAGUGCAGGCGAACAAGUCCUCGUCCUCUUGCCCAAGUUCAAUCCUGCAAUGGAGAAUACUGCAGCGUCGCUUAACGAUAUUUCUACUGCGGUCGUACAUCCCUCUAACGUACAAUACGUUCUCGGCCUCCCAUCAACUUCUUCGCAAUCACUCGUCGCACAAGCCUCUAAAAUGCACUCCUCUUCACAGCCUACUCAUCCCACCCGAAUCACCAUCGCCGCCCUCUAUCUGAUGAUGGGCCGGGAAUUGCUUCCAGUGUCGAGUGUGAGCGCUGGCCAGAUUUUCGCUGCACGAUUCAAGUACGAAUUUUCGUCGUCGACCAAGUCAAACCAAGAUCUGGAAGAGAAAACCGGGAAUACGAAGGAAGAGAUAGAAAGUGUUGUUUGGAGAGGUGGAACCAUUGUUCGACCCCCCUCUACACAAGGUCCCCGCCCUCAUCACUCGUGGCUCCUCAACCUCGGUCGAAUAACCCACACCGUUCCUCCCAUAGUGCGUUUAUCCCUCCUUCCUGCUCUCCCUGGAGACCUUCCUGCCCUCCUACGUGGUUUGAGAAUCUUAGAACAAGCUGAUCCAUGUGUGGAGACAUUCCAGAUGGACGGGGGAGAGUGGGUAAUCGGUGGAGCGGGCGAAUUGCAUCUGGAGAGGUGUUUGAAGGAUUUGAGGGAGAGGUUCGCAAAAGUGGAGAUCCAUGCGUCGAAGCCGAUUGUACCGUUUAGGGAGACGGCGAUCAGGGAAAGUGAGAUUCAACAAGCCGGGCAAUCGUCUACUCAACAGCAGCAACAACAACAACAACAACAGAUUGCGCAACACCAGCAACAGAAACAAUUUCAAGUGCAGUUCGGAGGUGGUUCGACUGGUGGACCUACCGGUACUAUUUCAUCUUCAACCUCACCUAACGGUAUAAUCCAAUUCACGAUCCGUUGUGUUCCGCUCCCAUCGAGUAUACGAGAAUUUUUGGCAGCGAAGAGACGAAGAGGGGUAUUAACUCGUCUAUCUCGUCCAAGGAGGGAGGGACCUCGACAACCCCAGGAUGGAAGUCGACAAUCACGCGAAAGUCAAGAAGAACGCGCUUUCUGGGAUGAAUUUGAACAGGUCUGUCGGAAGGAGGCUUUGAGGAAGGAAAGGAAGCAUCGAGAUGCGGAUGAAGAGAAGUUGUGGAGGAAUUUGGCAGAGAGGGUGUGUGCGUUUGGACCUUUGGGUGGAGAGAGGGGUGAUAGAGGCGAUAGAGGCGAUGAAGGAACGGGAGACUCCGAAUCGAAGGUGGAUAUGAGUGACUCUCCAUCGGACACUUCGAGGACCAACUUAGAUGACCCGCAAUCUGAGUUGAACGAUGGAGGCACGGAUGCAUACGAUACGGGAUGUGUGUUUGUCGAUGCACGCGAUGCGUACAAUACGCAGAAUGGGCCGUCAGACGAUGCUCAAAUUUCAAGUCCCGCAGCAGAUUUCGAUCCUCUCCCGUAUAUCCUCACUGGCUUCCAGCUUGCUACGAGACAAGGACCUCUAUGUGCAGAGCCUGUUGAGGGUUUGGCGUAUUUUCUAGAAAAAGUCGAGGUGAAUCGGGAGAAAUUGGCUGUUGAAAUUGAACAAAAUCGCAUCACGCAAACAACUGGGUCUCUAAUAUCUGCUGUUCGCGAUGCAUGUCGCAGUGCACUACUCGAGUGGAGUCCUAGAUUGAUGUUGGCGAUGUAUAGUUGUGAUAUACAGUGCAGUACCGAUGUCCUUGGUCGCGUCUACGGUGUCCUCUCAAAGCGCAAAGGCCGGGUCGUCGCUGAAGAAAUGAAUGAAGGGACAUCGUUUUUUACUAUAUCUGCUCGACUGCCCGUCGUGGAAUCUUUUGGCUUCGCGGAUGAACUGAGGAAGAGGACGAGUGGUGCUGCUGGGGCAAUGUUGGUGUUCAGCGGCUACGACCUCCUUCCACUUUCCCCGUUCUGGGUCCCAUCCACCAUUGAGGAACUGGAGGAUUUGGGUACGACGGCCGACAGGGUGAACCAAGCGAAAGUUUACAUGGACAGUGUCAGAGAACGGAAAGGAAUGUUUGUUGAUAGAAAGUUGACAAUGGAGCCGGAAAAGCAGAGGACGUUGAAGAAGUAAAGUUUCUUAAUGAGUGCAAAUGAUGAGGUGUCCUGAAUCAUUUUGGUGAUUUGUAUAUACGUUGAGAUGUCUAUUACCUUGCUUGCAAUAGUCCAACUCACUUACAU